AUGACCCGCGGAAACCAGCGUGACGUGGACCGUGAGCGGUCACAGCGGAGGAAUCAGAAGGCGGUCCAAAAUUCAACAAUUAAGGACGCAAACAAAAACCUUUCUGUUGUCUGCGAUAUCUGCAAGCAGAGCUUUAUGUGUACAGUGAAAAAACCGACGCUUGAUCAGCAUGUUGACGCCCGUCACCCGAAAAACACGUUCAAGGACUGUUUUCCAAAGUGGGAGGGUUAA